ACGCACACUUACACGAUGGCGCUUUUAGGUGCAACUCUGAUUCGCAACAUUCACAAAUCGUCGGCACUUCGGUUGUCCGCCAUUUUACCUAAAAAAUCUAUAACCCCAGCUCGAAGUGGAAGUAGUAGCGGAGGUCAGUUGCAAUUUGGAAUUCAGUUUGUUCGCGAAUAUUCUAACGGAUCGAAAAUGAGUACUUUGCCAAGAGUAUUCUUCGAUAUGACCGCCGAUGGCGAGCCCGUCGGCAGAAUAAUUAUGGAGCUGCGCUCCGAUGUCGUGCCCAAGACCGCCGAGAAUUUCCGUGCUCUGUGCACCGGCGAGAAGGGUUUCGGCUACAAGGGCUCCAGUUUCCAUCGCGUCAUUCCAAACUUCAUGUGCCAGGGCGGCGAUUUCACCAACCACAACGGCACUGGAGGCAAGUCCAUCUACGGCAACAAGUUCCCCGAUGAGAACUUCCGUCUGAAGCACACCGGCUCCGGCAUCCUGUCGAUGGCUAACGCUGGCGCCAACACCAACGGCUCGCAGUUCUUCAUCUGCACCGUGAAGACCGCUUGGCUGGACAACAAGCACGUCGUAUUCGGCGAGGUCGUCGAGGGUCUGGAUGUUGUCAAGAAGAUCGAGUCAUACGGCUCGCAAUCUGGCAAGACCACAAAGAAGAUUGUGGUUGCCGAUUGUGGCUCACUUUAAGCUGAUCUGGCCUGUGUCACCCUGGCGUAUUUCUGUUAAGACGAAACCCGUUCGCAUUUUCUCCAAAAAAAAAAAAAAACAAAAAAAAACAAAAAUGAAAAGAAAACCACAUUUUUUUUUUUUUUACCAAUAACUGUAAUGAUAUGAAAUACAAUACAUAUUUUCAAUAGA